AUGAGUCACCAAUUUUUCAAUUCUGGAACCCCCGAGGAUGGUUCGAACGCGACAUCCCUCGAAAUUCUCCCCAACCCACUCACGGCCGAUGAAAGUUCAGAUUUGAAUCCCGCUUCCGAUUCCUUCGACACCGAGAGAUGCCUAAAGGCUCUAUUGCAACUCACCAAUGAUGAUGACGAUGAUGAGAAGUUCCUGCGGCGAACUUGUGGAAUCUCUUUCCAAGGUCUGAAUGUAUCUGGUUCCAGUGCCGCCGUUAAUACCCAAGCCACGGUUGGCAGCCUGGUCUUCAACCUCGUCGAUCUGGUGAAGUCCUUGAUCAACAAAAGAGACAACCAUAUUCAGAUUUUGCACAACCUCGAGGGCUUGGUCCGUCCGGGCGAGCUUCUGGUCGUUCUUGGCCCUCCUGGUUCUGGAUGCAGUACUUUUUUGAGGACGAUCGGUGGGGAAACACAUGGCCUGACCCUCGAUUCAAGCUCUGUUUUCAACUACCAUGGCAUCAGCUUCAGAGACAUGCAUUCUCGUUUCAGAGGCGAGGUUCUUUACACCGCUGAGCAAGAUGUCCACUUCCCUCAAUUGACCGUCGGGGUCACCCUUGAAUUCGCAGCUCUUGCGAGAACUCCACGAAACAUCCCCGGUAAUGUCGACCGUCGAGUCUGGGCAAGGUACCUUCGUGAUGCUCUCAUGAAAAUUUUCGGCAUUACUCACACAAUCAACACAAAGGUCGGAAAUGAGUUCGUGCGAGGAGUAAGCGGGGGUGAGAGAAAGCGAGUGAGCAUCGUGGAGGCCGCUCUAGGGGGCUCCCCGUUCCAGUGCUGGGACAACAGCACCCGUGGACUGGAUAGUGCCAACGCUAUCGAGUUUUGCAAGACUCUCAAAAUCGGCGCAAGGCUGGUCGGGAUGACUGAAGCGGUCGCAAUCUACCAAGCCCCUCAAAUGGCCUAUGACCAAUUCGACAAAGUUCUGCUCUUGUACCAGGGUCGACAGAUCUUCUUUGGCCCUACGGACAAAGCCUAUGAAUAUUUCUUCCAACUAGGAUUCGAAUGCCCUGAGCGUCAGACAACACCGGAUUUUUUGACUUCCAUGACCAGCCACGCUGAGCGCCGCGUCCGUCAAGGAUUUGAAAACCGAGUGCCCCGAACCCCUGAACAAUUUGCCCAAGCUUGGACGUCUAGUUUGGAGCGGCAGCAACUUCUCGAAGAGAUUGAUGCUUACAACACCGACCAUCCGCUCGGAGGGUCCGAUUUUGAUCUCUUCCAAAAGUCCAGAAGUCUCCAACAAGCAAAGUCUCAGCCAAAGGCUUCACCAUACACUUUAUCCUACCUUCAGGAGAUCCAGCUUUGCCUGUGGAGAAGCUUUGAACGCGUCCGAGCGGAUCCAGAACUUCUAAUCACCCAGGUGGUCGGCCAGACUGUCAUGAUCUUGAUCACAAGCAGUUUGUACUAUCAAAUGAAGCCAAAUACGGGAUCUUUCGGCAUUCGCGGCUCACUCCUAUUCUUUGCUACCCUCAUCAAUGCGUUCAGCAGUCAGCUGGAGAUGCUGACCCUUUACGCUCAGCGACCAAUUGUAGAGAAGCAUGAUCGUUAUGCUUUCUACCACCCUUCAGCUGAAGCAUUUGCGUCAAUGAUUAUGGAUAUGCCUUACAAACUGUUGUGUGCAGUUUUGUUGAACAUCGUUCUCUAUUUCAUGACGGGUCUCAGAGUGACCGCCGGUGCAUUUUUCUUUUUCUUGCUGGUAAGCUUCUUGUUGACGAUGGUCAUGUCAAACUUUUUUCGAACCGUUGCUUCACUCUCUCGCACAAUUCAUCAGGCAAUCUCCCCGACCGCGAUACUUUUGCUUGCAUUGAUUAUCUAUUCUGGGUAUCCGAUGCCUACACCAUUUAUGCAUGGAUGGGCCCGCUGGAUCAACUGGGUAAAUCCUAUUGCAUAUGCAUUCGAGGCCAUAAUGAUCAAUGAAUUCCAUGAUCGCAAAUAUGCCUGCUCGGAUUUUAUCCCGUCGGGAAAAGAAUACAGUGAUGAUCCCGCAAGUCGAGUUUGCUCAGCGGUUGGUUCUGUUGUCGGACAAGAGUGGGUGAGUGGAGACCACUACCUAGAGUCCUUGUACCAGUACAAAGGCUCUCAUCGGUGGCGCAAUAUCGGGAUCCUGCUAGUCUUCUUGGCGCUUUUCACUACUACUUACCUUGUUGCUACGGAUUACGUCUCUGCCAAAAAGUCUAAAGGCGCAGUCUUGGUCUUUCCACGACGGAAGGUUCCAAAGUACCUCAAGACAGCCGCUGAAGACAUCGAAAGCGGAACCAAAAGGGCUGGCACCAGAGAUUCCCCUGUCCCCGAGAAAACCCAAGACGAAGCUCUGAAGGAUGUCGACCUCGGAAUUUUGAAACAAACAGGGGCGUUUCAAUGGCGAAAUGUCUGCUACGAGGUCGAAAUCAAAGGAAAGCCUCGGGUCAUUCUUGACAAUGUCAACGGCUGGGUACGACCCGGAACAUUGACAGCACUCAUGGGCGUUUCUGGAGCUGGAAAGACCACCCUUCUCGACACGCUAGCUAGUCGUGUGACAAUGGGUGUCGUUUCUGGUGAGAUGCUGGUCAACGGCAGACAGAGAGAUAACUCUUUUCAGAGAAAGACAGGUUAUGCCCAGCAGCAGGAUUUGCAUCUGGAGACAUCCACAGUGCGUGAAGCUCUGAAACUGAGUGCUCUUCUGAGACAGCCUCACCAUAUCCCGACCUCUGAAAAGCUCGACUAUGUCGAUCAAGUUCUUCGCCUGUUGGAAAUGCAGGAUAUUGCGGAUGCUGUGGUGGGAGUUCCCGGUGAAGGAUUGAAUGUCGAACAAAGGAAGAGACUGACAAUUGGCGUUGAGCUGGUUGCUAAGCCCGAGCUACUGCUUUUUCUGGAUGAGCCGACUUCGGGUCUUGAUUCGCAAACGUCAUGGUCUAUUCUCAUGCUACUUCGGAAAUUGAGGGACCAUGGCCAAGCCAUCCUCUGCACCGUUCACCAGCCCUCCGCUAUUCUCUUCCAGCAGUUCGACCAACUGCUGUUGCUUGCCGAGGGUGGUCGAACCGUCUACUUUGGACCAAUUGGAGAAUCUGCUUCGACGAUGCUAGCAUACUUUGAAGGUAAGGGUGGUUUCAAAUGCCCCGACGAUGCCAACCCGGCCGAGUACAUGCUAGAAGUAAUCGGUGCUGCACCAGGCUCCCACACAGAUAUCGACUGGCCUGAAGUCUGGAAACAAUCACCUGAGCAUGCUGUUGUCAUUGAUCAGCUCGAUGAAUGGAAACUCGAUGCAGCCAACGAAGCGCCUCCUUCGGCAGAGCAUGGUCGGUCCGACUAUGCUGAGUUUGCCGUGCCGUUCUACUCGCAAUUUUAUCAGACCCUGAUCAGGAUAUUCCAGCAGUAUUGGAGAACCCCAAGCUACAUUUAUUCUAAGAUUGGUCUCAUUGGAGGAGUGGGCAUAUUCAUCGGUUUCUCUUUCUUCAACCAGACAAAUUCUCAGCGUGGCCUUCAAAAUGAAAUGUUCAGCCUGUUCAUGAUCACGUCUUGCUUUGGGUUGCUGGCUCAGCAAGUGAUGCCCCAGUUUGUCCUGCAACGUGCGCUUUAUGAAGCCCGUGAACGGCCAUCCAAAGCCUACUCCUGGGUUGCUUUCAUGCUGUCGAAUAUUCUGGUUGAGAUCCCGUGGGCUUUGUUGUGCGCGGUAAUCCUUUUCUUCACAUGGUAUUACCCCGUUGGUCUCUACAAGAAUGCAGAACCGACCGGAACCGUUCACCUACGUGGUGCUCAGGGCUUCUUGCUGAUCAUGGAGUUUUUGAUCUUCUCGAGCACCUUCGCACACCUGGCUAUCGCAGCCAUUGCGAACGCGGAAACAGCAGGCAAUGUCGCCUUCCUAUCCUUCAACAUGAACCUGCUGUUCUGUGGUGUCCUCGUAGGUCCGAAGAGUUUCCCUCACUUCUGGAUCUGGAUGUACCGCGUGUCGCCUUUCAACUACUUGAUCGCGGCACUCUUUGAUACUUCCGUUGCGGACACGAAGAUCAUUUGUGCCGACGUCGAGUAUCUUCACUUCAACCCAGCUGCGAACAUGACCUGCGGUGAAUACAUGGCCAGCUAUAUCCGAAUUGCGGGAGGGUAUGUUCAAAACCCGAUUGCAACCAGUGAUUGUGCUUUCUGCUCAAUGGCAGAUACAAAUGUGUUCCUGGAGUCUGUAUCUGUCGAGCCACACAAGACCCGGAGAAACUUCGGGCUACUUUGGGCGUAUAUCGUGUUCAACCUCUGCGGCGCCACCUUGCUCUACUGGCUGUUCCGUGUCCGGAGCAAGGUGAAGAAGAGCAAAGAGGUUGUUCACAAGCUGGACACGGAGGAGGAAGGCCCAGAGGACCAGGAAGGAUCGGUGCGUUCUCGGCUGCCCAAGUCCCGGAGAACGCGGAAUUUGUCAAAGUUCGUUGAGUUGUAG